AUGUUGCGCUUUACUACUACAAUCACAUUGGCUAUUCUCUGCCUCGCCAAGCUAUCACUUUCGAGACCUGUCCCUAGAAAUGAGAAAGGAGAACUCAUUGACAUCAAUAUUCAACUCAUACCGGGACUAGACAUAGGACUGAAUGUUGGUUGUGGUGAUAAAAUUGUGGAUGUGAACCUCAAUUCCAUGCACCUGCCCCUGAUUCCUUGUACCAACACCCAGAAAUCGAUUUCAACAACGGGUGUGACGUUGCCAUUGAUAGGCAGAAAUACGGAAAGUAAGUCCGUGGAGUUGGCAACUUUGCCAAGUUCUACUGGACGUGUAAAUGCCAUCAAUUCUUCUAUCCGAAGCUUGCCCAGUACCUCAGCGUCAACAUCAAUUAGCAUUUCAGAAUUCAUCGGUCCUGUAAUUGCAAGAGAUUCGUUGAUUCCUAAAUUUUCAAUCGUCACCACAUCUACCUCUAUCAAGAUCGACUCAAGACGACUCCACACGCAUCAUCGCCCAUUGGCGGCCAAUCCCCCACCUACCAUAUUCAUAGAACCUAUUCCUACCUCGACGAAUCCACCCAAGAUAAAACAUACUCAUCACCGGCUAACGAAAACUUCCAAGGCCAUACAAUAUACAUCUGCCCAUCCUUAUCCUUUAACAGCUCAGACCCCGAUCAAGAGACUGGAAGCAAUGACAAUGUCAUUGUCAGUCGACUUGCGGACAGUUAAACCAAUAUCCGCCUGGAUCUCACCUCCGGAAGCGAAACUUUCAAUAUUACCAUUUAAUAAGUCUUCAUCAGAAGAAAAGACUACCUUGGUAACAAAGGCCUCUGGAAGCUCAUCGAUAAGGAGGGCUACUUGGCAUCCCCCCGCGGAGACUUUAUAUCCCCCUGUGGUUGAACGUGGAGCACCAAAUAAAGCUUGGAAGAGAACAACUAGGUGGCAUCCAUCGGCUGAGAGUUCGUAUCCUCCCGUGGUUGGUCGUGGAUCUUGA